AUGGAGAAACAGGGAAAUGAGAAACUCAUCUGGGGUCAAUUAAGUCUGCAGACUAGAGGUGCUGUCAGAAGAUGCAAUCCAGAGAACAGUGCUUCAUUCUUCAGUAAGGUGACAUAUUCCUGGUUUAACAGAAUAAUAAAUUUAGGCUAUGAAAGACCUUUAGAAAGAGAAGAUCUUUUUGAACCAAAUGAAAGCGAUUCUUACUACACUGUGUGUCCCAUUUUUGAAAAACAAUGGAGGAAGGAAGUUUUAAGGAAUCAAGAGAGGCAGAAAGCAAAGAUAUCUCUUCAUAAAGAAGCACAUACCAGGAAGCCAUCUCUACUCUAUGCAUUGUGGAAUACCUUUAAAUCUGCCCUGAUUCAAGUUGCUUUAUUUAAAGUGUUUGCUGAUCUUUUGUCUUUCACUAGCCCACUUAUAAUGAAGCAAAUAAUCAUUUUCUGUGAACAAAGCUCAUAUUUUGGCUGGCGUGGCUAUGGUUAUGCAAUGGCACUUUUUGUUGUAGUCUUUUUGCAAACCCUGAUCUUUCAACAAUAUCAACGUUUUAAGAUGCUCACCUCAGCAAAAAUUAAAACAGCUGUAAUUGGACUGAUCUACAAAAAGACCCUACUUUUAUCAAAUGUUUCUCAAAAAAAGUUUUCCACUGGGAAAAUUAUUAACUUGAUGUCUGCAGAUGCCCGGCAACUCAUGGACUUGACAGCAAACCUUAGUCUUCUCUGGUCAGCCCCUUUUCAAAUCCUGAUGGCUGUAUUCCUCCUCUGGCAAGAGCUGGGUUCAGCAGUGUUAGCAGGGGUGGCAGUCCUUGUGUUUGUUAUACCAAUAGAUGCUUUAGUGGCAAUUAGAGCAAAAAAACUGAAGAAAAGUCAAAAAGAAAAAAGUGAUAAACAGAUUAAGCUACUCAAAGAAAUCUUGUAUGGAAUUAAGAUUCUCAAACUUUAUGCAUGGGAAACCGCCUAUAAAAACAAGAUUAUUGAAAUUCGAGAUCAGGAAUUGGAAUUCCAAAAAUCAGCUAGGUACCUUAUUGUGUUUUCUAUGGUGACAUUAACUUGCAUUCCAUUCUUGGUGUCCCUGGCAACCUUUGGUGUCUAUUUCUUGCUGAAUGAAGGAAUCAUUUUAACAGCUACUAAAGUGUUCACAUCCAUGUCUUUGUUUAAUAUUUUGAGGAUUCCUCUGUUCGAUUUACCAACAGUAAUCUCAGCUGUGGUCCAGACAAGGAUAUCACUGGGUCGUGUAGAAGACUUUCUCAACACUGAGGAACUUCUUCCUCAAAAUAUUGAAACAAACUACACGGGAGAUCAUGUCAUUGAAUUUACAAAUGCUUCUUUCUCCUGGGAUAAAACAGGGAUUCCAAUCCUGAAAGACUUAAACAUAAAGAUUCCAGAAGGAGCUUUAGUGGCUGUUGUAGGGCCAGUUGGUUCUGGAAAAUCAUCUGUGCUUUCUGCCAUUCUGGGGGAAAUGGAGAAACUUAGCGGCAUAGUUCAAAGAAAGGGCUCUGUGGCUUAUGUUUCUCAGCAGGCCUGGAUUCAGAAUUGUACUUUGCAAGAAAACAUUCUCUUUGGCUCCGUCAUGCAGAGGCAGUUUUAUGAGCGAGUAUUGGAAGCCUGUGCUCUCCUUCCUGAUUUGGAGCAGCUACCAAAUGGGGAUCAAACUGAGAUUGGAGAAAGAGGUGUGAACAUAAGUGGAGGCCAGAAGCAUCGAAUAAGUCUGGCCAGAGCUGUGUACAGUGGAGCCGACAUCUACCUUCUGGAUGAUCCCCUGUCUGCGGUGGAUGUUCAUGUCGGAAAGCAGCUUUUUGAAAAAGUGAUUGGCUCUUCGGGGCUUUUAAUAAACAAGACUCGAAUUUUGGUGACAAACAACCUCACUCUUCUGCCACAAAUGGAUCUUAUUGUUGUAACGGAAAGUGGGAGAAUAGCACACAUGGGGACAUACCAGGAGGUGCUGUCUAAAACUGAAAACCUCACUAAUUUGUUCCAGGUCUUCGGUGAACAAGAAAAAGCUCAUCCUGUAAAGCAAGUUAGUACAAUCAACUCCAGAACAAUACUGAAAGACCAAACCUUGGCGCAAAAAUACAGGUCCUCAUUGGAUCAAGGAAAACAGUUCUCAAUGAAAAAAGAAAAAAUUCCCUUUGGUGGGUUGUUGUCAAUCAUUCUGAAGUACCUCCAGGCCUUUGGCUGGCUCUGGGUAUGCCUGGUUUUAGCCACCUACUUAGGGCAGAAUUUGGUGAGCAUUGGACAGAAUCUAUGGCUUAGCAACUGGGCAAAAGAAGCGAAACACAUGAAUAAGCUCACAGAAUGGAAGAAAAUACAAAGCAGUAAACUUAGUAUCUAUGGAUUAUUGGGAUUAAUAAAAGGUCUCUUUGUUUGCUCGGGAGCCUAUGUAAUCACCAGAGGAUCCCUGGCUGCCUCUCGAACUUUGUAUACUCAGCUGUUGAAUAAUGUGCUGCACCUCCCACUUCAGUAUUUUGAAACCAAUUCCAUAGGCCGGAUCAUCAGUCGGUUCACCAAGGACAUGUUAAUAAUUGAUAUGCAUUUCCAUUACUAUUUACGGAUGUGGUUGAACUGUACUUUGGAUGUUAUCGGAACAGUUUUGAUCAUUGUGAGAGCUAUACCAAACUUCAUUCUGGGAAUUAUUCCUCUGGUUUUCUUCUACUUCUCAAUACAAAGAUACUACAUGGCAAGCUCUCGGCAGAUUCGGCGGUUGGUGGGAGCCUGCAACUCCCCUAUCAUUUCCCAUUUUAGUGAGACUUUAUCAGGAGUGUCCACUAUCAGAGCAUUUGGACAUGAACAGAGGUUUAUCCAGCAAAACAAAGAGAUGGUGAAUGAGUACUUAAUCUGUUACUACAAUAAUGUAAUUUCAAACAGGUGGCUGUCAGUUAGACUUGAGUUUCUUGGCAACUUAAUGGUGUUUUUUGUUGCACUGCUUGCUGUGCUGGCUGGCACGUCUAUAGAUUCAGCAAUGGUUGGUUUGUCUAUAUCCUAUGCCCUAAAUAUUACUCAUUCUCUGAAUUUCUGGGUAAGAAAAACAUGUGAAAUUGAAACCAAUGCAGUUUCCAUUGAAAGAGUUUGUGAAUAUGAAAAUAUUGAUAAAGAG